AUGUCUUCCGGCAACGGCUCUUGUUCGGGAGGCAGAUGGCGCACCCUAUUGCAGCAAUGCGACAAGGAUGGGCGAGCGGGCGAGCGGGAAGGCCUGAGCAGAGUUUGUACUGGGUCAGGUGGCCGGACGAUAAACGGCACGGAGAGGCAGGGUCCUGAGGUUGAUUCUCUUGCUUUGAUCAACCCCCCACCCAGACUUGGUCGCUCGCUUGACGCCUCACUAUUGACGAUGUAGUAGCUCGCGCACAAGCGAGCCGAGGACAGUCAUAGCCGCGGGCCAAUGACCUUGCGCAG